AUGGCGGCGCAAGCAGCGUUGAUCGCUGAUACAAUCACUGGAAUGAAAAGGGCCUUGCGCAGAGAGCGUGAGGGUGAGUACUCCCGCCUCCAAAUCAGACAUAAUGUUUUCUCUGACGUCUUCUCUUUCUUUCCUUCGAUAGACUCCGGUCCGGACGAUCCUAUCAUGCAACCGACAAACCGUGGGAACAAAAUGCAUGCUAAUGCAAAGUAUGUCCGUGAGGGCGCUAUGGGAUACAUCAAUGCCGAGGAUUUCUACAAGCAGAAGGUUGAUCAUGCUGGCUACACGCGCUACAUUCUUCAGUCGAAUCCAAUCCGUUACGAUUCGGAGGGAGACGAGCUUGACGAGGAUGACGAAGAUUCCGAGGCCGACGCUGCGGCCGCAGAAGACAACCCAUUCUCUGGGAUCGCACUUGAGACCCUCUUGUGUCCCCUGAAGCAUCCUUCGGAAUUAGCCAUCCACCCUUCCUUGUCCCAACCCUACACGUCACAAGCCUUGGAGCAAAUGACAACGGCUGUUGAUCUUAAACUUCGUCAGGAACGCGCCUUGCUAUGGCGUGCACGCAAUCUCCACAGGCAAUUCUUGGGUGACGGUGGCUGGAUGCCGUGUGGCACCCUCGAGACACCAGAUGACCGCUGGAUCUUCGAGCCUAAGAUUGUCAGCAAUGAGACAAGCAUAUCGGCCAGUCAACAAGGCCCAAGUUUGAUCAAUUCUCCUUCUGUUAAUGGAGAAAUUGCUGCUCCGCAUGAAGCGCCGCGAUCGGUCCCUGCAACAAUACAAUCGACCGAGAAUACCCAGGAACAGAACGAUGUGGAGAUGUCAGAAAUCCCGGCAAGCUUUGAGGGUGAAGCUAUCAACAAUCAUGCGCUUGUUCAGCCCACAGAAUUCAAGUCAGAAGAGACCGAUGCUACAGUGAAGGAUCUCCCACCUCACCCCACCGAGACUGCUAUCAGUGGCGGAAUCCAUGAAGCAAACACAAAGGCCAACGGCAAGCACGAAUCGGAAAAUCCCAAAGACAGCGAACCGACUUUAGAGACCGAUCAAAAUGAACAAGAUGCCGAUAUGGAAGACGACGCCGAAAUGCAUGACGGUUCAUCCCCAGAACCGCCGCGGCGCAUGACAACUCGCGCACAAGCCAACGCUACAAAUCCAAGCGAUGGCAAUCAAUCUCCCCUUUCAUCAGUCGAUACAGCAGACACUCUGCCAACCCCACAUCCCCUCUUCAUGAUCCCAGACAACGUUCGCCCAGACGCCAACUUCGGUCUCCCCGCCGCAGAGGCUGAAGAGACCCGCAGAUUGCUCUGGUCUUACAUUCAGAAACAGGAGGAAACUGUCCGUGGGUUCGAACAUAUGUUCGACUCCCUCAUCAAGGCCUGCCGCAUGAAAGCUGAUGUCUUGGAAUGGAGCAAGGCUGAGGGCCAUGUCGGCGAGAUGAGUGACGGGGAGGAUUGGUAUGAUCGAGAGAAAUGGGGCCUUACCGAAGGAGAGGAUUUAAAGAAGGGUACUGAUGAGGACGAGGUCGAGACUGUUGAUGAGAGUCGUACCCAGGCGAAGAGAGGGCGAGGGAGACGACAGUAA